AGCUUCAAGGACAGACAGGCAUAGGAACUGCGCUGUGAAUAAAUAAAACUUCGUAAACAAUCAAUUCAAAGUGGCAUGCCGCGCAGGUAACAUUUGACUUGCAGGUUUAGCUAUUAAAACAGGUAACCGUAGCGAAACGGUCGUUAACUAUCGAGUCCUAUCCCAUUCUGUUCAAGACGAUCGUAAAUCUCCGAAUUCACCGGGAAAAGAAUCGACACCUUCCAUUGAAAUCAAUGUUUAUUCAGUGAAGGCACGGAGCGGUUUUAGGAAGGUUUUGUACAAUCACAAUGAAGUUGUUAUCUCUGCUGUCUGUCGGUAUAUUUUUGUCCUCUGCAAGUGCAGAGCAGUACCCUGAAAUCUUCCAUUGGGCGGAAAGUGUAGAAGAAAAUUCUGCGGUCACCCUAUACUGCAAUGAACCUAACUUGAAUAUCAACACAACUGGUACCACCGGAUCUGUUAAAUGGUACACCCCCAGUGGAUCAGAAAUAAUGAGUUCAAACAAGAACUACAAGUUAGAGGAUGUCGAUAAUUACUUGAACUUGAAGCUAACCGUCAACAAGGUAAAUAAUACCAACAACGGUAUUUAUAAAUGCACACUCCAAAACUCAAAUGUCAGAAUCACGCUGAUCCGAGGCGCCAACGUCCGCGGACCCAAGUACACCAGGUUCCUUGACGAGUACGAGUAUAACGUGAUUGUGGCGGUUGUGGCCACUGUGGUGUUUCUGGUACCCUUCCUAGGUAGCUGUGGAGUGUGGAAGUUCAGAUAUAGGGAGGAUGAAGACGAAAAGGCCAACAUGUUCAACAUGACCCACGAGGACAACGGGGCAGGGCCAGUGAUGUAUGAGAUUCCCACAAAAACAGUGGAAUCGCCCGAAGGCAAUGGAGCUUACGAUAAUUUGGCGACGGACACGAAAUUGUAAAACAUUCUAAAGCAUAAGCGCGUUUAUACAUAUAUAUUUCUCUAUUAUUAUAUACACGUAUUCGUAUAAACUUAUAUUUUUUAUUAUCAUUUAUAUACAUUUUGUACUGUAUACAGAUGUUUUUCUCUGAACCUAAAACGCAAUAAAUUUUAUUUUGAA